GCGUGGGACGGUCGCGUAGGCGCUACGGCUACGUUUUACUACGGCUGCGUAGGUGGAUUUCUCCUCCACCCCUACCUCGCAAGCCCUGACGGCGGAGCCAAACGUAUGUCAGGCCAAUCGGAAGGAGACAUAAUACACAGCGCCCAUGAGGGAGACCAGAGCGGGAAGAUCUUCUCUUCCAAACUCUUCUAACACGUCCCUGGACCGAAUGGUUCAUCUCGCUAGGACACGAUUCCACGUUCGUCACCUUUUCUUUUUCCGUUGCACUGCCAUUAUUUGCGAUCACCAUCCCUUGCUUUAUGACCGCUCCGGGUACGCAUUCUUUUUUUUUUACCGGACAUUUGUUCAGGUACGCGCUUUGACUAGCAUACGGACUUGUAUCCGCAAGGGCGGAUUUUUGCCGUUAUAUGAGCGAGUACUGUUCCUUCUUGCUUGUUUCACGCGAUACAGAGUCUACGCAGGUAUCGGCUGUAUUCUUAUAUACAUCACAGUUACCGCAUGUCAAUGAAGACGAAUUUCCUUGGAACAUUUCGGGCCGGCGGCUUGAUUAGCGCUAGCU